AUGGAUAGCGAUGAGUAUAAAAAAGAAGUUGAAGCAAAUGUAAAGGCAGAAAAACUUUUACAGUUGCAAAACCAAACCGUACAGUAUGAAAACUUAGCACAAGAAAGUAAAAAUAACGACGCAGCCAUGCAAAGGGCAAUGAAAAGCGCAGAAUAUAUAAAAGCUAAUAAUGACUGGUUAGAUGCCCAAGCCAACGCCAAAGCAGCCCAACUUAUAGGGUCAAUAAGGACAAAAAUACAAGCGGAUGAAGACAGUUCAAAUGAAGCUUUAAUGAAUGCUGACUUUAAGAACGCCUUCGAAGCUCUUCAUAGUAAGGUGAAACUAGUGAACGACUUCUCAUCUGGAAAGAAAAUGAAGUCUGAAGGUUUCGACAAAGAGUUAAGAGAAGUAGCACAAAAUAUGACGAAAAUAACAGAUGCAGCAACGAGACAGGCAGUUCAAAGUGCCUAUGACGCCGUUAGAGCAACUGUUGUGGAAAGUCAAGAAAAAGAGUUACAACAGACCAAAACAGACCUAGUAAAUGCUUUCUUAAAAACGAAAAGUCAGGUAGGACAUUAUGCUGCAGAUGGAACAUAUGUGCCAGCUGGUGGAACUUAUAUACCACCAAACCCUCCAAGAGAAGCACCUGCACCAGGACUACCUAAAACAUUUACAUCGUCACAUGGACACAGACACAGGCAUGCACCAAAACCAACACAACAACCAACACAACAACCAACAGUUCAAAACACUGCACCACAACCAACAGUUCAAAACACUGCACCACAACCAACAGUUCAAAACACUGCACCACAACCAACAGUUCAAAACACUGCACCACAACCAACAGUUCAAAACCCUGCACAACAACAACCACAAACAGAGCAAGGACAUAAAAGAAGUAGAGAACAAGGAAACCAAGAAUUCUUAAAAAUGCUUAAGGAAGACUAUGGUUACCCAGAUACUCUUGACUUUAGUGACAGAUAUAAAGAAGCUAUUAGAAA